GAGAGCGCAGGGCGGCCCCGGGGGUUCGCUCUCGCUCGCUAGCGCGGGGGGCGGGUCACGGGCAGCGGCCGCCCCGGGCACGGAUACAUUAAUGCGAAGAUGGCGGAAGGUGAGGAGCGAGCUCUGCGGUUGGUGCGGUUAACCGGGGCGGCGGAGGAAGGAGCCAGAGCCCGCCUGGAGACGACCAGCUGGGACAUGCAGUUAGCUCUGGCUAGUUUCUAUGAGGAUGACGAUGGCAAUCAAACAGUUCAAGAUGUCCCAGCGUUUAAAAAUGCCACUAAUUUCAGACCUGUGGUUCAUAGCAGUGGUACUUCCCGAAUAGCUUCUUUGAAAGACUUGAGGGAUGAAGAGAGUAACAGUUCGGCUGAUGAAGGUGAACGGUUUUAUGCAGGUGGUUCUGAACACAGUGGCCAACAAAUAGUUGAACCGUCAAAGAAAAAUAAUCUAAAUGAAAUUGUGGAUGACCUUUUUAAAGAAGCUAAGGAAAAUGGGGCAGUUCCAGUGGAUCACUGGGCAGAAGGUGUAGGCGAGGCAAACAGAGCUGUGCCAUUUGUGGGUGGUGGAUACCGAUUGGGAGCGUCGUCACAAGAAUUAUCUGAAUAUGUUUCACAAGAUAAUAAACAAGAUUCUAGUCUUGAUGUUCAGAUUUUGCUGAAGCUUUGGAAAAAUGGCUUUAGUUUGGAUGAUGGGGAACUCAGAACCUACGCAGACCCCAAAAAUGCACAGUUUUUGGAUUGCAUUACCAAGGGAGAGAUUCCUGCAGAGCUCCAAAAAUUGGUUCAUGGAAAUCAAGUAAGUUUGGAUAUGGAGGAUCACAGAAGUGAAGAAUAUUUAAAGCAUAAAUUGAAGUUCAAGGCAUUUUCUGGCGAUGGACAAAAAUUGGGAAGCCUCACUCCAACUAUAGUUAGCACACCAUCUUCUCCAGAAGAAGAAUUCAAAUACUUUAUUAAUAUCGAGAAUGUGAAUGAAUCUGAGCCAACUACCAAUGUUCAAAUUCGUCUUGCAGAUGGGAGUCGCUUAGUGCAGAAAUUCAAUCAAACUCAUAGAAUUAGUGAUAUUCGCCAGUUUAUUAUUGAACAUCAUCCGGUGUUUGCUACUACCUCCUUUACACUGAUGACCACAUUCCCAAAUAAAGAACUGACCGAUGAAGAGCAAACUCUGCAAGAUGCCAAGGUGUUAAAUGCAGUGAUUGUUCAACGUUUGAAGUAACUUAAUCUUGUAAGCUUUCAAAUUUUUAAGUGCACUGAUCUGAGCUGAAUAGCAAAAUCUGAUAAAACUGACAUUAUAUUCCAAAACACUUUAGCAUGUUUGGAGAAAUGAAACUGCUAUGGUUUGCAGCAAAAGGUAAUCUUCAUUGUCUGAGAACAUGAGAACAUGAGAACAAUUGACGAUACAUGAAAUGAACUGUUAAUGUGCAAAUCUACUAAUAUGGGAAAUCAUUUGCUACAAUACUAACUGGAAAUGUGUAACGGUAACGGGAAUGUUCGGACUCUUAUAAUCGUGAACCUUUAAAACUGCUACUGUUUUCAGCCUACGAAUUUAGAUUUUGUUUUCAGAAACCUUAAAUCACGCAUCUGGACAUGAUGAUAUUUACUAGAUAAUAAGGGUAGACAUAUGCAUGCAUCAUAAUGGCUGUAUACAAGUUUAGAUUAUCAUCUGACAAGAGAGAUAAAAGUAAAAUUUAUACUGCUUGUAA